UCAUGCGUACCUUACAUGGGCUUUGUGUUCCCUUUACAGAUGGAGAACCUGGAACAGCAGGAAAUGUGGAAAGGUUUUAUACUCACCAUGUUGGAGAUGAAGAUCCCGGAAUCCGUGUCGUUGUUGCCGGGACACUUGUACAGGUUGUCUGAAGCCUUGGAGAAGGAGCAAGAGAGGCGAUCCAACCUCAGCGUGACCCUCAAAAGGGAAGAGAAACUGCCCAACUGUUUCUUCCAGGUCUCCAGAAUGGAAGCUGUGGCCCUUCUGGAGCAGAAUGAAAAUUACGGCAACAUGUUGUUGCGGCCUGGACAGGAUGGGAAGAGUUUCUCGUUGACGGUUCGGCAGAAGUUGCAUGGAGCCGUGAGUGUCAAGCACUAUAAAAUCAACGUCGUCGGUGGGGAAUACAUCAUCGUUAUGGAAAAGCCGAGUUACUGCUCCUCCCUCAUGGCGGUGCUUGACUUCUUCAUCACCAAGACGAAGGGCAUCCUCGUGCCACUCAGCGUGGAGAAGAGCUACGCCAUGGCGCUGGAGGUCAUGGAGACGGAUCAGGAAAGCGAGCAGAGCAUGUCGGGGUCCCCCUUGGAGCCUGAAGAGCCCCAACCACCUGGUAAAGGCGAACUUGUGAAACAAAAGAGCGUUGAAUCGCUGAAUUCGAAUUGGCCAUCCCAGCCUCCUCCUCUGCCACCGAUCGUGCCCAUCCCGCCUCCACGCUGGGCAUCGGCCCCCCAACCCAUUCAUGUCUACGAGGAGGAAGACCCUCCGCAGAAGACGUACGUGAACGAAGAAGGUGCAGCGUGGGAUGAACCUGGGGACCAGGAAGCGAGGUGGAAAGGGCCCCCACCACCUGUUCGUGUACCUCCCAAACCACCAAAAAGGCCACCGAAAUCCGGCAGCUUACUCGAGGGUAAAUCUUCCCCCAGAAAUGAUGUACCUUCCACCAAAGAGAAGACUCCGUUAUUCAGAAGAACCACUACUGAGCUGACCGAGGAGCUGAAACGCAAACUUGAGGAACGAAGGGCCAAGAUGGAGAAUUAAAAGACGGCGGACAUUUUGAUUAAAGAAUCCACACGGUGACAAGGAAGAGACGAACCGGCUGAACUCCCAACCAAAUCUACCUCUGGAUCCCUCUGGAAUCUGCUCUCUUGGGCGAACCAGCGAUCCUGUUUUGCGGGAAGAUCAGAUCGUUUAACGGACCGGAUUAGAAAACCCACCCUUGAUCUGGCUUUGAGACCCUCCUUCGUAGCCAUUGGCUGGGCUGCUGUGAUGUCACAGCCAGCGCCGAUCCCACAGUUAAAAGUUAAGAGGGGAUUUGAAGUGGAUUUGAGGAGAAUUCCUAAAAGUGGCAUGAAGAAAGAACCGAUCAGUCUCGGAUCCAGGAAAUAAUUAACCAGUGGAACGACUUGCCACCAGAAGUUGUGGCUGGAGGUUUUUAAGAAGAGACUGGAGAAUCAUUUGUCUGAAAUGGUAUAUCUCCUAUCUGAGCAGGGGGUUGGACUAGAAGACCUCCAAGUUCCCUUCCAACUCUGUUAUUCUGUUAAGGCUAACCGGGCUCUUGAGAAGAGAUCGGCAAAAUCUAAUCACAAUUCUGAUUCCAAAGUUUGAGGAAAUAGGAGGAAGUAGUUCUAACAAAUCAAGAGGACUAGAAGAUCAAGGGGAAUUUACAGGACCCUUGGAAUAUUCUUGGAUGGAUGAACUUCACAUGAUUCCUGCAAAACUAAGCCUUGGUCCACCCAACCACACUUGCAAAUCCAGGGCAAGGCAACAACACACUUUCGCUGCGUUUAUAGGAAAAACAAAUCUCACGCGAAGCAGAGUUGUGUGACACACCACAGGGAGAAAGUCAAGUGGCACGGGUGAACGUCAGUCGCUAGGCCGAAACGGAGAAGCAAAAUGACCAAUGUAGGAUUAAUUUACACCCCGCCAACCAUGAUUUCAGAUAACUGGCUUCAAAUGCUAGAUUGCAAGCCUCUAAGACUCGGUUUAUACUUCGAAUAUUGCAUCCGGAUUUGGUUGCAACGAUGUAAAAAAGAUUUUGAGAUUCUAGAAAGAUUGCAGAGAAGAGCAACAAAGAGGAUUAGGGGACUGGAGGCUAAAACAUAUGAAGAACGGUGGCAGGAAGUGGAUGUUGUCCAGUCAAGUAAAAUGAAGGACUAAGGGUGAUAUGAUAGCAAUAUUCCAGUAUUUGAGGAGCUGCCACAAAGAGGAGGGGGCCAAUUUAUUUUCCAAAACACCAAAAGACAGGACAAGAAACAAUGGGUGGAAACUAAUCAAGGAGAGAAGCAACCUCAAAUUAAGGAGAAAUGUCCUAACAGUGAGAACAAUUAGUCACUGGAACAACUUGCCACUAGAAGUUGUGGGUGCUCCAACAAUGGAGGUUUUUAAGAAGAGAUUAGACAGCCAUUUGUCUGAAAUGGCAUCAGGUCUUCUGCUUGAGUAGAGGGUUGGACUAGACGACCUUCAAGGUCCCUUCCAAUAACUCUUGUUAUUCUGUAAUUCUGUUAUUCUAUUCUCCAAAGCACCCGAAGGCAGGACAAGAAGCAAUGGAUGGAAACUCAUCAGGGAGAGAAGCAACCUGGAACUAAGGAGAAAUUUACUGACAAUGAGAACAAUUAAUCAGUGGAACAACUUGCCUCCAGAAUUGGUAGGUGCUCCAACACCAGAUGUUUUCGAGAAGAGACUGGACAGCUGUUUGACUGAAAUGGUAGAGAGUCUCCUGCUUCAGCAGGGGGUUGGACUAGAAGACCUCCAAGGUCCCUUCCGUUAUUCUGUUAUUCUGGAAAUGGGGUCCUUUGCCACCUGUUCUUCCAGCAAGGGUUUACUCAGAAGUGUGCAAGAGAGCUGGCUGGGUUUUCCAGCUUUCUCUUGUCUUCUUCUUAACAUCUGGAAUUCAGUUAGGGGCGGGAAGAUUGCAGGGUCCUGGUGGAUUUGUUUGAAAUCAAUCAAAUCCAAUUAUUUGAACAGUGGGGAGGCUGCAACGGUCGUAACUGUGAAAAACGGUCGUAAGUCUCUUUUUCCUGUGCCGUUGUAACUUCCAACGGUCACUAAAUGGAUUGUUGUAAAUCGAGGACUACCUAUAUAAGGCCACAUUCCUUAAGCCUUCAUUGGUCUAAUAAAUAAAGCCCCAUUCAUCUGAAAAGUAAUUUUCCCCACCCUGUUAAUCCGGAACUACCAGCCCUUCCUGGCCAGACUCGCAGACUAUCCCAUGUAGCUAUUGUUUCCUGGAACACAAUAAUAAGAAAUAUUUUCUGGUC